CGGCUCUGACCAGAUAUCAGUAGGCUGAGAUAGAUGGCAAGCGGUUGUCAUUUUUAUGCCACUGGAAAGAAAUCCUCUAAUGCGAAGUGGAUGACGCUUGAUGUGACGUUUACAUCAAAAAGUGCGACUUAAACUAAGUUUGGAUAUAUGUUUUUCUUUUUUUUCACCACUUAGAAACUCCGAGGAGCUGGUAGUGAAAGUUUGGAGACAUUUCGAGAGUCAUUAAAAAAGUUAGAAGAAACAUUUUGGGACGUUUUGUGUCGGUCGUGUUGAGAGAUGUCUGAAUCAGAGAAGAAUGAAAACAUUCCCGAAGCGUCUGCAAGAAAAGGAAAUCCAAACACAGGGAAUACAGCAAAAAGCGAAGAGGAUUUUAACUUGGCUGCCAUCUACGUGUCAGAUGCCCAGUACAACAGAAAUGUCUACUUUGACACAUCACCUCAGGCUGUCAGACUGUAUAUGCUCUAUAAUCAUUGGGCCCUAAAGGUACUGCUCUACUUCUUCAUGCUGGUCAAUCUGUCUCUUGCCAUCUUCGAGGAUCCAGCUGUAUACGCUCUGCCUAUAUGGGCUAAGGGUGCUGAGAGGAAUAAAAGGUUUGUCAGCAGCGCCAAAUGUCCAAACAAUCACUUCUCCCAGAGCUUGACAGACUUCAACUCCAACAUUUUGGACUGCACCUGGCAAUUGUAUUUCUUGGUCUGCUCCCCGGUCUUGCUCACUUUGGUUGAUAUGAUCAUUUAUGGAGCAUUGAAAGCUGCAAAUUAUUACGGUGUUCGCUGGUCCAGAGUCCUGCGGCCGCUUCUACUGGUCAACGUCACAGAGGGACGGCAGCUCCGCAGAGCAUUCAGGAGCAUCCGUAAUGCUCUGCCUCAGAUUUUCUACGUCUUCCUGCUCUUCAUGUUCAGUAUCCUCAUCUUCGCCCUCAUGGCGCUGAAGUUGCUGGGCAAACGAGGUUUGACGAACAUAAAUGGAACACCAUAUUUCACCAGCUACCUGGAAAUCAUGUUUGACUUGUACGUCCUCGUCACCACGGCCAAUAGCCCUGACGUCAUGAUGCCAGCGUACAACGCCAACUUCUUCUUCGCAGUCUUCUUCAUUGUGUACAUCCUUAUCAACACUUACAUCUUCAUGUCCGUCUUCCUGGCUGUCGUAUACAACAACUAUAAAAAAUAUUUGAAGGAAGAGGUACGGCAGCUAGUGAGAGCUAAGAGGCACAAGAUGGUGCGAGCAUUUGGUGUUCUACAGGAGCAAAGGGAGGAGGGCGGCGAGCCAGUGGUGACCCAGGCCAGCUGGAACCAACUGGUCCGACUGGUCCAACCCAACCUUAGUAAUGCUCACAGAGAGCUGCUAUGGAGCGUCUCUGAUGACAAGAACCAAGGGGCCAUUGGUAAGGUGGCAUUUGUCCAGCUUGCUGACCUCUUGAAUAUUGAAAUAAUAACAAUUAAGUCAAGACCUCAUCCACUUCAAAGUUUGUGCCCUUCCCUCUACCAGUCAGCCCCCAGCAAACUCCUAUGCAAACUGGUCCAACACCGGGCCUUUGUUAUGGUAUAUGACCUGAUCAUACUGGUGAAUGCUGUUUUCAUCGGUCUUGAUGAGGAGAAUCCAAUGAUUGCGAACUCAGAGUGGGUUUUUCUGGCUCUGUAUAUUCUGGAGAUUCUGCUGAAGCUGUAUGUGUUUGAGCCCAGAGUGUUCUUCUCCAAACACAGUUUUUGGAACUGGUUUGACACAAUCAUUGUCAUCUCUGCUCUUAUUGCCACCACCGUAAACUCUGUGAUGAAGUCAUCGAGUCAUUUCUCCAGCCGACAAAUCUUGGACAUUGUUUUCAUUCUACGAGUCCUCAGACUGAUACGGGUGGUGGACAGCAUCAAAAGGUUUCGUACAAUCAUCAACACCCUGAUCAGGAUUGGACCAGCAAUCCUCACAUUUGGACAGCUUAUCAUUGUGGUGUACUACAUUUUUGCCAUGGUGGGGAUGGAGCUGUUUAAAAGGAAGGUGACGUUUUAUGAACAGAGCUCCACCGAUCCAGCAAAGGCAUAUUGUGGUAAUCCUCUGCUGAAUGGAACAGACUUCGCAAAGCUCAACUAUUGCAGGAAUAACUUCAACGAUGUGGUCUCCUCCUUCAUCCUGCUGGUUGAGCUUACCGUGGUCAACCAAUGGCAUGUUCUCAGCAGCGGCUUUGCCACCGUCACCCACAUUUCGGCCAGGAUCUUUUUUGUCCUCUUCCACAUCAUAGUCGUCAUCGUCAUUCUCAAUAUCUUCGUGGCGUUUGUCCUUGAGGCGUUCUUUGUGGAGUACUCUGUGGAUAAAAGUGACUUGCAGACAUCUUUGGAGAGGAAGAUUGAAGAACUGGAGCUUGCUGUGGCACAGGAGACGAUGGAGGACAACUUGGUGAACGCCAUGGAAACUAUUGACAAUGACCUGGGAGGCAGCCAGUCAGCAAAACCAAACUUACCGUCCCUGAUGUUUAAAAUUGCUUCAAAAAGAUAUCGAACAGUGGACGCCUUGUUACAGCGGAUAUUUGAGGCUGAUCUGGACCCUGAAGAUUUUGCUGAGAAUGACGAUCCUGAAGCUCGGGGCAACGAGAACUUUGCAAAUCCCUUAUUCAGCCAUGCAUAGGCAUUUGUAAACAUGUAUGAAUGGAUACAAACUGUAGUCAUUUUACACUUUCAGAAAUGUUGAAAUCUGAUGUUGACACACUGCACUGGAUAAACAAUAUGAUUGGGUGCUAAUCAGUCAUAUCUAGUGUUAAAUGUUCAUAUUUCUGUCCUGUAUCUUUGUGUAAAAAUGCAAGAAAACAAGAAUUUUCACAUAAAGAAUUCUUGCACAGAUUUGUUCAAAAAUGCUUUUAGACCUUUGUUUUUUAAAAGUCUUAAUUGAAGCUAUAUAUUAUAUAUGUAUAUUUUAUAUAUUUUCAGUUUAAAAAAAUGUCACUAGGCUUACAAUACAAGCAUAAUGCGAAGUAUGUGUGACGAAUCACACUUCUCUGUUUGCCAAAUUGAUAUACAGGUCUGGGGUUUCAAUUGCCAGGAGACUGCUACUUGUCUGACUACAUUGUGCCAAGUGUAAAGAAG